CUUGCAGAGUGUCUGUUCUGUAAUGUCCUCAAGAACGUUUCCUGAGAUGGAUGUCAGGCUGACUGGUUUGCAGUUCCCAGGUUCCCCUUUCUGAAGAUAGGGACAGUGUCAGCUCUAUUCCACCCAUCUGGCUCUUCACCCACGUCCCAUGAUGACAAGAGAAUAUUAGAGAGUGGUUCUGCAAUUUCUUCACCCAGUUCCUUCAAUAUUCAUGGAUGCACUUCAUCUGGACUUGGGGAUUAGAACUCAUCCAAACAAAUAAGGUAUUUCUUUUGCAUUGAACUCCUCUUUCAUCUCUUUUUUUCUCUCCAUCAGGGGAUGAAAAGGACAACGGGAAUUCUAUGGAGGCAGUCAUUCAUUCAUUGACAGAAAACCCCAAUUGUGAAGCACCAAAAAAAGUUCUACAUAUUUAAAAGGAGAAAAAGGGAAGAAGGGAAGCCAAGAAAAAGAGAGAGAGAAAGAAAUAUCCAGCUUCUCCUGCUAUUGAUGUUGAUGCACUUCUGAUCACGUGAAAAAAUAAACAGGGAAAAGGGAGAAGAAAAGGUUCCCUGGGCAUAUAAACAUUCAACGGAAUCUCAUAUAACAAUACACUUGACAAAGUCCACAUACAUAGAAAACGAAAGAGCAUAAUGAUGCACAGUGAUUGUACUUCACGUGAAAACAAUCUGAGAGGUGAGAGAUCAUACAAAUGGCUACCGUGCGGAAAGAGCUUCUUUGAGAAAAAUCACCCAAGUUCCCAUCAAAGAAUUCACACAAAUGAAAAACCAUAUAAAUGCAUAGAAUGCGGAAAGAGCUUCAGUCAAAACAGUAGCCUCAGUUGCCAGCAAAGAACACACGCUGGGGAGAAACCAUAUGAAUGCAUGGAAUGUGGAAAGUGCUUCAGUCAACACAGUAGCCUCAGUUGCCAUCAAAGAACACACACUGGGGAGAAACCAUAUAAAUGCAUGGAAUGUGGAAAGAGCUUCACUCAUAGCAGCCAGCUGAGUUCACAUCAAAGAAUUCACACAGGGGAGAAACCAUAUAAAUGCAUGGAAUGUGGAAAGAGCUUCAGUCACAGCAGUGGGCUCAGUUGCCAUCAAAGAAUUCACACAGGGGAGAAACCAUAUAAAUGCAUGGAAUGUGGAAAGAGCUUUAAUGAGAGUGCUAAACUGAGUUCACAUCAAAGAACUCACACUGGGGAGAAACCAUUUAAAUGCAUGGAAUGUGGGAAGAGCUUCAGUCAGAACAGUUCCCUGAGUUCACAUCAAAGAACUCACACUGGGGAGAAACCAUUUAAAUGCAUGGAAUGUGGGAAGAGCUUCAGUCAGAACAGUUCCCUGAGUUCACAUCAAAGAACUCACACUGGGGAGAAACCAUUUAAAUGCAUGGAAUGUGGGAAGAGCUUCAGUCAGAACAGUUCCCUGAGUUCACAUCAAAGAACUCACACUGGGGAGAAACCAUUUAAAUGCAUGGAAUGUGGGAAGAGCUUCAGUCAGAACAGUUCCCUGAGUUCACAUCAAAGAACUCACACUGGGGAGAAACCAUUUAAAUGCAUGGAAUGUGGGAAGAGCUUCAGUCAGAACAGUUCCCUGAGUUCACAUCAAAGAACUCACACAGGGGAGAAACCAUAUAAAUGCAUGGAAUGUGGAAAGAGCUUCAGUAAUAGUAGUCAGCUGAGUUCACAUCAAAGUAUUCACACAGGGGAGAAACCAUAUAAAUGCAUGGAAUGUGGGAAGAGCUUCAGUCAGAACAGUUCCCUGAGUUCACAUCAAAGAACUCACACUGGGGAUAAAGCAUUUAAAUGCAUGGAAUGUGGGAAGAGCUUCAGUUACAGCAGUAACCUUAGUUUACAUAAAAGAAUUCACACUGGGGAGAAACCAUAUAACUGCAUGGAGUGUGGAAAAAGCUUCCAUGAUAGCGGUGACCGUAAUUUACAUCAUAGAACUCACACUGGGGAGAAACCAUAUAAGUGCAUAGAAUGUGGAAAGAGCUUCAGUCGGAGCAGUAACCUCAGUUCCCAUCAAAGAAUUCACACAGGGGAGAAACCAUAUAAAUGCAUGGAAUGUGGAAAGACCUUCAGUCAGAGCAGUUCCCUGAGUUCACAUCAAAGAAUUCACACAGGGGAGAAACCAUAUAAAUGCAUGGAAUGUGGAAAGACCUUCAGUCAGAGCAGUUCCCUGAGUUCACAUCAAAGAAUUCACACAGGGGAGAAACCAUAUAAAUGCAUGGAAUGUGGAAAGAGCUUCAGUCAGAACAGUUCCCUGAGUUCACAUCACAGAACUCACACAGGGGCUCACUCGGAUGAGAAACCAUAUAAAUGCAUGGAAUGUGGAAGAGGUCAUUUUUCUAAAUAAACCUAUUAAUCAAGAAAUGUAUUUAGAACAGGCAGAUGACUCUUCUACUUUAUUGCGGAAUGCAAUUUUUCAUCUUCUGAGUAAUAUGAGAAACUGUUUCAGCAGUCAGGAAAUUAACCACAGAAAGUAACCACUAUCUUGAAAAAAACUUAACCAGUAUUCAAUCACAGACCAAAAAAUGGACUGGUUAAAAUGUGUAGUUACUUCGAUUGGAAAGGCCAGUCUUGGAAUUGAUAAUGGGGAAACAAAAGGAUGCCUGUGAUGGAUGCAGGGGUGGCCAG